UAUUUCGUAUUUACUGAAGAAAAUACAAGCCAGGGGCACACGCAAAGAUCGCGUUUUCACCUCCGACAAAGUUCGCCGGAAUUCGUGAAAAGAAAAUUUUGCGGUUUUCGUGACCCUCGAGGCCACCCAAGAAAAGAAAACACGGCAAAAAAAAAAAAAAAAGGCAUGACUCGUCAUCUGUCCGGCACUCUCUUUCCUCCCCCUGCUGCUGACGCACCCGCCCGACGGUCGCCGCUUGCUCGCUCCCUCACCCGCCGCCGCCGCCGCCUCCGCCUCCCGUCGCAGCGCGUCCGGCCGCCGACCAUGGCGACGGUGGAAGGGGACAAGAUAGAGCUGCGCAGCCGCCUGGAUUAGGACCGAGAACCCGGCGAUCUGCGGCGACCAGGGAGACCGGCGAUAUGGCCGGCGGUGCCGGGGAGGGGGAGCGGGAGGGGCCCCUCGGAUAUGUGCUCUCGCUCCCAGCGGCGUCGCUGCCCCUGCCCGUCGCCGUCUCCUGCCUCGACGCCACCGUCCCGCGCAAGGCGCGCAGCCGCCUACGCCUCCGCGUCCAGCCGUGCGCCUGGUGGGCCUUCAAGCUCCCCGUCCCCGCGCCGGAGGAGGCAAAGAGCCCAGCUCCCCCAGCGUCGAUGGCCACGAAUCCGACGGAGGAGGCGAGGUCUCCUCGUCCCCAGCGCCUGCGCGUGCGCCACGGCCCGCCCCCCUCCCCUGACGACCCCCACACCCCCUCACCGGCCAUGGAGAGGCCGGCUAAGAGGGCAAGGAGGUGCCUGCAGUGCGGCGCGGUCGAGACGCCGCAGUGGAGGUCGGGGCCGAUGGGGUCGGGCACGCUCUGCAACGCCUGCGGGGUCCGGCUCAAGGCAGCCGGGGCGCUGCGGGAGCAGGUGCACCGGCCCCCUCCAGCGUCGGCGAGGACGGUCGCCGAGCCGCCCCCGGAGAGCCCGGUGUCGGACUCGUCGCCGGACGGCCCGAUCUGGGAGCCUGGGUCAGUUCCCGACGUGUACCUGCUGAGGAAGAAGCCGCCGAAGCAGGGGAAGCCUCCACCUCCGAGGAUGGAGCCAGCGUCGCCGCCGGCGCCGGCGCCGGCGGUGUACCUGCUCAAGAAGAAAAAGAAGAAGCCGCCGAAGGCGUCCAAGAAGAAGCCGUGGCGGCCCCGGAAGUCAUCGAAGCGUUGCCUGCACUGCGGCUCGUCGUCGACGCCGCAGUGGCGGGAGGGGCCGAUGGGCCGCAGCACGCUGUGCAACGCGUGCGGCGUGCGUUACAGGCAGGGGCGGCUGCUGCCGGAGUACCGGCCGCUGGCGAGCCCUUCCUUCGAGCCGUCGGAGCACGCCAACAGGCACAGCCAGGUGCUCCAGCUCCACCGACAGCGGAAGGGCCAGAAGAACCAGCCCCCUCUGCCAACGGAGCAGCCGCGACUCAUGGACGACCUGACCGGCGCGCUAGCGUGCAGCGGCGAUGGCGAUGACCCGAUGAACGUGCUGCUUCCCCGGCGGUGGCACGACAAGGACGAGUACCCGCGAACCCCGCUGCACCAGCCGCUGCCGCAGCCGGCGGACAGCCUCCCCGGCGACCCACGCGUUGGGGGCAUCGACGCCACCGCCCAAGGACGUGGCGGCCGCGGCAAUGACCCAAACGGCGCGCCGAGCUCGCUGGACUCGUUGCUGCUGGAGGGGCCUUCGGCGCCGCUGAUCGACGACGGAGAUGAGUCCUUGAUCGAGUAGCUAGCCUAUCCAACUAGGGAAAAUCAGCUGAGAUGAGAAUAGUAAUCUUCUUCUUCCACCUUUUUACCGGUAACAUUAUCGCCUUUGGUUGUGUGUAUCUGUUCCUCUUGGAAAAUUUUCGUGUAGAGCUUGGUCGAUAACUUGAUGGCAGGAUUUGUGGCAACGCUCCAGCUAAUAAUUCUGAGAGUCAUGUAGGUUCGCUGCGGCAGAGGUGAAAAUGGCAUGAUGGUAUAUUUGUGUA